CUCGGCUUGUUGUGUAGCUGCCCCAGAGCCCGAGCCCGAGCCGAGUCGAGACGAGCCGAGCCAGUCUUGCUGUGUGUGGUCGCAGCAGCGGGUCUAGCCUCGUCCGACGAUGUCUCACUUAGUUGAGCAGCCGCCACCCCCGCACAACAACAACAACAACUGCGAGGAAGGCGAACAGUCUUUGCCGCCGCCGCCGGCCGGCCUCAACAGUUCCUGGGUGGAGCUACCCAUGAAUAGCAGCAAUGGCAAUGAUAAUGGUAAUGGGAAGAAUGGAGGGCUAGAACAUGUACCUUCCUCAUCCUCAAUCCACAAUGGAGAUAUGGAAAAGAUUCUUUUGGAUGCACAACAUGAAUCAGGACAGAGUAGUUCCAGAGGCAGUUCUCACUGUGACAGCCCUUCCCCACAAGAAGAUGGACAGAUCAUGUUUGAUGUGGAAAUGCAUACCUCCAGGGAACACAGCUCUCAAUCAGAAGAAGAAGCUGUAGAAGGAGAGAAAGAUGUUGAGGCUUUGAAGAAAAGUGCAGAUUGGGUGUCCGACUGGUCCAGUAGACCUGAAAACAUUCCACCUAAAGAGUUCCAUUUCAGACACCCUAAGCGUUCUGUCUCAUUAAGCAUGAGGAAAAGUGGUGCCAUGAAGAAAGGGGGUAUUUUCUCUGCUGAAUUUCUGAAGGUUUUCAUCCCAUCUCUCUUCCUUUCUCAUGUUUUGGCUCUGGGUCUAGGCAUCUAUAUUGGAAAGCGACUGAGCACACCCUCUGCCAGCACCUAUUGAGGGAAAGAAAAGCCCCUGGAAAAUUGUGUGACCUGUGAAGUGGUGUAUUGUCACAAUAGUUUAUUUGAACUUGAGACCAUUGUAAGCAUGACCCAACUCUCACUCUUUUUACAUAUCCAAGUUUCAGUAACUCUCAAACCCAGUAUUUUACUCAAACUCUGUUGAGACAUUUUACUAACCUAGCUCCCUUUUUGGCCUGUAAGACACUCUAGCCUUUCCUAACAGAGUUUACUGUUGUUUAGAAUUUGCAAGGGCUUCUUUUCCGCAAACACCACCAGCAGAUUAUAAUUUUGUCAACAAUGCUACGUCUCCUUUUAAUGCCACCAAAUUGAGAUCUGCAUCAUUCAUGGUAUAAAUUUAACUCUACCAUUUUUCUCUUAAAAUCUACCAUUUUUCUCUUAAAUGAGAUCGGGUUAGCAAAUGAUAGAAAAGCUUUAUUUUGUUUCUCAAGACAAUGGCAAGCUUUUCUAAGUUGAACU